AUGAGUACUGGACUAGAGAAAUUCAGACGAGAAGUAGUUUCGGUCAACAUAGACGAUGAGCAGACCAAAAGGACGUUCAUACAGAUGCAGCGGCGCUUGAUCCUCGUCCUCGAGGCGGCACUCCGGCAGACGUACGGCCACACCGUUAUGAGAGGCGGCGUCAUCCUCAAUCUGCAGGUGACGCAGUUCUAUCUCCACAGGGCAGUCAUGUUGCACACCAUGAACACUAUUUAUAUGGACCACCCGACGCUUUACUCAAUCUUGUUCACGGUUGGAUCUGUAGUAGUGUUCGAUUUGAUGCUCCAGUUGAGACAAGCUUUACAAAUGUAUUGUCAAGUGAUGCGGACCAUCCGCAGCACGGUUUCUGGUGGUACGACGCUUGAGUCGAUAGGCCCUGAAUGUAAGAACGACAAGAAGACGAUUAAUUUGCUCAUGAUGUAUGUGAUAAUUUGGGCAGUCAUUGGUUACGCGCUUUUCGCAUACGCCGUCCUCAAGCUGUACAUGUCGCUCACGGCUUGCCCAGGUGAAGGUUACAAUUUGUUCAGCAGUUGCGCGCCGAUUCCUUGGGACUGCUUGAACACCACACUGCAUCCCGACACGGUAGGCUGCAUCCGGAACGCUGUAUAA